AUGGCCACGAGAAGGAGCAUGAUCAAAUACAAGGGUCUCCAAGUCGCACCAGCAGAGUUGGAAAGUCUUUUGCUGUCGCAUUCGUUGAUUCAGGAUGUAGCUGUCAUUGGAGUACCGGAUGCCAACAUGGCACGAAAUAAGCUUCCCUGUGCGUAUGUGGAUGCUGAUAAGAGCAGAAUUGCAGAAGAGGCCAUCAAAAGCAUCGUGAAAGUUAACCUCGCGUCGCAUAAGCAGUUGAGGGGUGGUAUCAUCUUCGUGCCUCAGAUUCCCAAAAGUGCGACAGGCAAAUCCUUCGGAAGAAAUUGGGGCGAGCGGCUGCAAUGGAAGUGA